AGACAAAGUAUCUGACUGUAAAUUUGUAAUAUAUUAUUUAAUCAGUUGUUCAGACAGAUGAGCGAACGAAAUCAGAUUAGACAGCCCCGUUACAAACAGUCAGUUGAGUUUAAAAUAUUGAUACAUUGUUGCACGCUUCGACAUCAUUUAUUUAAACAUGAAAGUAACAGUUUUCUCCUCAGAAAUAUCCAUGAGGGAUGCGGUCUUAUUUUAUCACUCCUAAUGCAGUGAAGUACUGCUACUUUUGUGGUCAUAUUGUAGCCAACGUCUACUACUAGUCUUCUCAGCCUACUAGGGAAGUUCGGGUUGCUGUCGUUGUCUGUUUUGUUUUAAAGUGACAGGAGAGACAGCACGCUGUAAAACAUUCAGCCCCUGACCGAAUCGACGCGAUGAUUCCUGAAUGUCCCCGGAGCCGAGAGACAAGGAGCCGAACGCAGUGCCACUAUGGCCAGGUAGCCGAACCAAAGCAGAACUGUUUUGGGCUACUUUCCGAGAUCAAAACUCUUAUCAAGAAUGAACCAUUCACUGACCACUACACCAUCAUUCCGGGCAAAGAGCUUGGCAGGGGGAAGUUUGCCGUGGUGAGGAAGUGUGUGGAGAAGUGCACGGGGCAGGAGUACGCCGCCAAGUUCAUGAGGAAGCGGAGGAAGGGCCAGGACUGCAGGCUGGAGAUCAUCCACGAGGUGGCCGUUCUGGAGCUCGCCACGGCCAGCCAGCGGGUGGUCAACCUGCACCAGGUCUACGAGAUGGCCUCCGAGAUGGUGCUCGUCCUCCAGUUUGCGGCCGGAGGGGAGAUCUUUAACCAGUGUGUAGCGGAGAGGGACGAGGCCUUCAAAGAGGAGGACGUUAAGAGGCUGUUGAGACAGAUCCUAGAGGGAGUCUCCUUCCUCCACAGGAACAACGUGGUGCACCUGGACAUCAAGCCCCAGAACAUUCUGCUGACCUGCAAUGCUCCUCUGGGCGACAUCAAGAUUGUGGACUUUGGUCUGUCCAGGAUGGUGAGCAGCAGUCAGGAGCUCAGAGAGAUCAUGGGGACCCCGGAGUAUGUGGCUCCAGAAAUCCUUAAUUACGAACCAAUUAGCACAGCAACAGACAUGUGGAGUAUUGGGGUGCUGACCUACGUGAUGCUGACAGGUACCUCUCCCUUCCUGGGGGAGGACAAGCAGGAGACCUUCCUCAACAUCUCCCAGAUCAACGUCAGUUACCAGGAGGACGAGCUGGAGCAUGUAGACCAGGCCGCCAUCGCCUUCAUCAAGGUCCUGCUCGUCAAAGAACCCCAGAACCGUGCCACUGCAGAAGAGUGCCUGCAGCACCAGUGGCUCCAGCCUAAAGAGAAAAGGGAAGCCGAGGCAACAGUAGAUGUGAAAGACACUAUAAGCCCCACCAAGUGCACCUCUGAGCCAGCCAGCCCCGAGAGCCCCAUCAGGGGGGAGGAGGAGGAUGGCCCCGAAACGGAGGAGCUGAUCGUGAUGGCGGCCUACACACUGGGCCAGUGCCGCCAGUCAACAGACAAGGAGGUCAUGACCCCCGACCAGAAGGCCAUCUCCAAACGCUUCAAGUUCGAGGAGCCCUUCAGCGCCCUCCAAGAGGUUCCUGGGGAGUUCAUCUACUGAUGGACUCACACACACACACACAUCUCAUCCUCUACACUAGGGGUUCCUGGAGAGCUAGUGGUGGUGUUGGGUCUCCCUUCUGCCCUUCACUGACACACCAGAUAAUUCAGAUCGUCACGGCCCUGAUUAGUUGCUUAGUAGAAUCAGGUGCAUUAGUGAUGGGUUGGAGCCAAAGCCUGCACCAACCAGUAGCUUGCAAAGAACCUGGGUGGAAAAACUCCUGCUCUUACAUCUAGGGAAAAGCAGUUAAAAACAUUGCACUUACAAACCAGAAGAAACAUCUCACACUUUUCUAACCCACCUCACGGUCUGAAUUCGUAAACCAAACAGCUUUUUUGUCCCUUUUUUUUCAUAUACAUCCUGUCGUUACUCCAGAUUAAGCCUUGUUGUAACGUUACUCCAGACUGAGCCUUGUUGUGACGUUUCUCCAGAUUAAGCCUUGUAACGUUUCUCCAGAUUAAGCCUUGUUGUGACGUUUCUCCAGAUUAAGCCUUGUUGUAACGUUACUCCAGACUGAGCCUUGUUGUGACGUUUCUCCAGACUAAGCCUUGUUGUGACGUUUCUCCAGACUAAGCCUUGUUGUGACGUUUCUCCAGACUGAGCCUUGUUGUAACGUUACUCCAGACUAAGCCUUUUUAACGUUACUCCAGACUGAGCCUUGUUGUAACGUUACUCC